AAUGAUGCAAAAGCUAUCCCUAGCAUGAAUAUACAAAAGGCAUGGGCAAAGGGCUAUACUGGGAAGGGAGUAGUGAUUGGUGUUGUUGAUGGUGGUGUUGACAUAACGCAUCCUGAUCUGUCAAGCAAAGUGGAUAAACAUUUGAGUUAUGAUUUCAUAGAAAAUGACAACGAUCCGUCUCCUGCUAGUCAUGAAAGUCAUGGAACAAAAUGUGCUGGUAUCGCCGUCGCAGCUAGAAACAAUAUGAACUGCAUAGUAGGAGCUUCAUUUGGAUCAACAUUUGCCAAUUUAAGAAUAUCCGAUGGCUUUGGCUCAACAUCAUUGUCUCAAUCAAGGGCUUUGAAGUACAAAUAUGCUGAGAUACACAUUUAUACAAACAGUUGGGGAGUUAUUGAUGGACAGGGAUUUGAACAACAACCACCAAUCGUUGCUAAUGCGAUUACUGAAUCCAUUCAAAAGGGUAGAAACGGUCGCGGAUCGAUAUUUGUAUGGGCCAGUGGAAAUGGUGGCAACACUGAUAAUUGCAAUUGCGAUGGUUAUGCGAAGUCAGUCAACGUUAUAUCCAUUGCAAGUUUAACAGAAAAUCAAUAUGCUGGUUAUUACUCAGAAUACUGUUCGGCGAUUCUGGCAUCAUGUUAUAGCGGCGAUGAUGUCCAUUAUGAUAUC